GUAUAAGGAAGAAUUCCCAGACACCUCCUCCUUUUGGGUCCCUCACUUUGUGUCCUUAUCUCCAACCUUUUUGUCCUUGUUCCCUUUCCGGUCUGGUCUGGUCUGGUCCUCCUUCCCCACUUUUAUAGCCUCCACACUUCACUCACACCCUCAUGUCUUCUACUUCUUCUUCGUCAUCAUCAUCAUCAUCAACUUCUUCUUCAACCCCAUAUGACGCUGUUGCCCCUGAUAUCCCUGGCCCUAGUACGAGGAGAACCACCCGUAGUGGUCAAUUUGAAGCUUCUUCCUCCUCCUCUCAGCGUCAACGUGCUAUGAAUGAGGUCUUGCCUGAGCCUUUUCUUGAAGCUUUGGCCACCCAACUUGCCCUUGAUGCUGCCAACUACAAUGGUCGUCUUUCUGCUGCUUCUGCCCUUGCCAUUUUAUUUCAGGUAUGUUCCACGUGGCGAGAGGUGUCGCGGUCGGAUCUGCUGUGGCAGCGGCUCACGAGACGCAUAUGGCGACGCACCUAUCGACUGAGGGCCACGUGGCAGCUGGAGUACAUGUAUUGGCAUCGGACGGCCAGGAACUUCUCGACAGGGAGACACAGGUUUUUCGACCCACCGGUGUUUGACCCUUCGGAUCACCACCUCCUCCAGAACCUGCUCUGUCGCUGCCUCGCCCUCUCCGACACCCACCUGGCCUGCGGCUUCGUCGACGGCACCGUGCGCCUCUUCGACCUCGAAACCCGGGCCCACGUCACCACCUUCUUGUCCCUACACGGCCACCUCUUCGGGCCUUUCUCACGCUCAGUCUCGGGCAUUGUUAUCUUCAACUCUAACAUUGCCUUCGCCAGGCUGGACGGGGAUAUCUACGUGGAUAACGUGAACGGGCCCGGGCCUGGGCCCAGCCAAGCUCGCCGGGCCGUGGAGGGUGACGUUGUCAACAACGGGGUGCUGGUCGGGUUCGCUGGAACGGGCCGGUGGUGGGUGGGCCUGUUCGCGGGAAUAGCGGGGCGGGCUUUUCAGAUAUGGGACGCGCGGAGCGAGGAGCGCGUGUUCGUUGGUGGUUCUUUGACGGAUCCAGAAACGGUUAUGGGGUGGCAUAUGCUGACGGAGUUAGUUGAAGCCGUGGGGCGCGUGCGGGUGACGGAGCGUGAGUAUGUUGUGGCGUGCACGGGUUCGAGGUUGGUGUGUUUCAGUUUUCGGAACCCGGAGGUGUUGUUGCGUGACGUGGGGUCCACGACGGGGUUCGUGGUGAGUUCGCUGGACGCGAGUCAGGAGGCGUAUGUGGUGGUUGAGAGGAACGGCGUGGGAACGGUUCGGCGAGUGAGCACGUUGGAGCGGUUGAGUCGGUUUCGGUUGAACCGGUUAUUAUGGGUUCAGGGUUUGUGGGCUUGCAUGAACCUUGGCUACGCGUUAACCUAUUCGCCUUCGCCUUCGCCUUCCUUGAGGGUUUGGGACAUUGAGCAAGCCAUAGGACGCUUGUGUGUCACACUUGGCCUCAGAGCUGGAGAGCUGAAUAGCUUCGUGGCCAAUGACAGACACGUCGCUAUCUCUUCCAAUGACAAUAACAUUAACUUAUUGGAUUUUGGUGUACAGGAUCCUUAGCCUUAGACUUAGGUUUAGGAAUUAUUAUUACUAGGAGUACUAUGCUCUCAUUCAUUCUAACUUCCCAUUCCUUUUUGUACCUAUCUCUCUCUUUCGAUCUUUCUCACAAAAUUCACAUCCAUUGUUGUUGUUACUACU